UGAUGAGAUGAAAGAAGAUGGAAGUGAGAAAUGAAACAAAGUGAAGGAACAUAUUAAAAACUAGACGCUUUGUCCGGCAAAAACGGGGGGGAGCUGCGCAACGCUGUCUUCACUGUUGAACUAGCUUCGGAGUGCAGAACAACACAUGAUUUGGACAGAGAGGACUGACAGCCUUGCCUAGCACUGGCCUCUGAUCAGCCAUCUCCACCAGCACACUGAAGCUUGACCCGUACUUCAUCACCAGCCUCACAAACAUCUUCCCAACAACCCAUCAUCUGACUGUGACAUCAGUUGCAAGGGGAUGACCGAGCGCAUUCAUAACAUCAACCUCCACAACUUCAGCAAUUCUGUACUUGAGACCCUCAAUGAGCAGCGUAACCGCGGGCACUUCUGUGACGUGACUGUUCGGAUCCAUGGAAGCAUGCUGCGAGCUCACCGGUGCGUGCUGGCCGCUGGGAGCCCCUUCUUUCAGGACAAGCUGCUCUUGGGCUACAGUGACAUCGAGAUCCCCUCGGUGGUCUCGGUGCAAUCCAUCCAGAAGCUGAUUGACUUUAUGUAUAGCGGGAUCUUGCGGGUGUCCCAAUCGGAAGCCCUGCAGAUCCUUACCGCCGCCAGCAUCCUGCAGAUCAAGACUGUCAUCGAUGAGUGCACCCGCAUCGUGUCCCAGAACGUAGGCUUAGCCGGGCCGGGGGGGUUCCCUGUCAUCCCAGGAGACUCUGGUCAGGAUACGCCCCGCGGCACGCCCGAGUCUGGCACCUCGGGGCCCAGCAGUGAUGCAGAGUCGGGGUAUAUGCAAGCGACAUCGCAGCAAAGCGUGGAACGUGCAUACACAUCAUUGUACUCCUACCCCGGCCUCUCUCUGCAGAAUGGAACACGCGAGCGCUCCCUUUACAUUAGCACCGUGUCAUCCAAUUACGAGCCGGCUCUCAGCGCACAGAAGGACCAGCAAGCUCAAGAUCCACCCUGGAUCACCCGCAUCCAUGAGAGAUCGCAGCAGAUGGAGCGCUUCCUCUCCACGGAGUCAACCCACUGCCGCAAACAACCCCGACCGGUACGCCUUCAAACGGGAGGCAUGCACAUAAAACAGGAGGCGGAAGACGAAUACAACUGCUACGAUAAUUUGGGGGACUGCCCGGAGGACACCGACCAUACUGAGGGUGUGGAGAGUGAACCCAAGGGGGAGAGCUUUGACUCAGGAGUCAGCUCCUCCAUCGGUACUGAGCCAGAUUCCCUGGAGCAGCAGCAGUACUUUAUGAGCUUAGGGCGAGACGGGAGCACAGAGGGGCAGCAGGGUGAGGGAGCUCCAGUACAGAUAGAGGUCAAUGACUCCUCCCCAGAGCAAGUCCACGAGACAGAUGAUGGGGGCACAUCCCACAGCACUAGUGAUAGUAGCAUGAUGCAGCCUCUGCCCAGUCCAAUCAUAUCCCAGUCCCUGUCAAGUGCCCCGCACUACAUGCGCCCGGCAGAAUCGCACACCAGCAACCUGAGGAUGCCACUCACCAUGACCAGCAAUUCCCAGGUGAUGGGCACUGCUGGAAACACCUACCUGCCCACGCUCUUUGCCACACAGUCGGCUAACAACAGCAAGCCCUUCCUGUUCAACCUCACGCAGAAUAUUGGAGGCCAGCAGCCCCAGUUUGUGGCCGUGCCACCACCUGCGAUGCCGUCAUUCCCAAACCCAUUGCCAGUACCGCAAGCGUCAGCGCAACAGCAACAGGCUGCAGGAGGAAUGGGACAGGGAGAAAAGAAGCCGUAUGAAUGCACUCUCUGCAGUAAAACGUUUACUGCUAAACAGAACUACGUCAAACACAUGUUUGUCCAUACUGGUGAGAAGCCUCAUCAAUGCAGUAUCUGCUGGCGCUCGUUCUCCCUGAAGGAUUACUUAAUCAAACACAUGGUGACACACACAGGGGUGCGCGCUUACCAGUGCAGUAUCUGCAACAAACGCUUCACCCAAAAGAGCUCGCUCAACGUCCACAUGCGGCUGCACCGUGGAGAGAAGUCCUAUGAGUGCUACAUCUGCAAGAAGAAGUUCUCCCACAAGACCCUGCUGGAGAGGCACAUGGCCCUGCACAGCACCGGUGGCGCCGUCACGGGGCUGUCGGGGACUGCGGGCACCGGCGGUCCCGUCUCCAUUCCCAUGCCUAUGGCUGUGCCCGAACCGGGAGCUGGAGUGGUGGCCCUCGCCAUGCCAGUGAGUGGCGGUGCUGGAGUAGGGGCUGGGGUUGGAACAGGAGUGGGUGUGGCCGCAGAAGCGAGCUGCCAAGAAGGGACCACCUACGUGUGCUCCGUCUGCCCUGCCAAGUUCGACCAAAUUGAGCACUUCAAUGACCACAUGCGAAUGCAUGUCUCCGAUGGAUAAGUACAAAUAGAUAAACUUCUUUUAAAAAAACAAAAGAAUGAAAAUAAAAUGGCACUAGAUUUUCCUUUUCUUAUUUUGGGGUAUGAAGAGUAAUGAGUAUAGACACUGGCACAUUAAGUUUCCCAAAAAUGUUUUCUUUUUCUUUUCUUUUUUUGUUAUUCUAAAAGAAAAAAAAGAUGGUGGCCUUAAGGCUUAGUAGUUUGAUAUUGAUCUACUGGAUGGAUCCUAACUACAGGCCUCUAAAUGUAUGCUUUCCUAAAAUACUGAUUUAUGUGUUGAACACUACCGAAAGGCCUACGAAAGAUACACAUACACACAAACACACCUAUAAUGUAGAUAUGUUUGUAUGAGUAUACCUGUGCAUAUGUACGAGUGUAUAUAUGUAUUUGCAUGUGUGUCUAUGUGAUUGUUCGUAAUUAUCAGUUUGUGUGUUUGUGCGUGUGAAUGUGCGUGCGUGUGCGUGUGUGUGUGUGUGUGUGUGUGUGUGUGUGUACAUUGCCAUGAAACAUUUUACGUGGCAAUUGUGAACCCAUACUGACCAGUUUGGAAACUAUAGAUGUCCAAGCUUACUGUGGUAUAAUUUACAACAACAAUAACAACAAAAAAAAAAUCAUCUGGGUUGGGCUAAAUAUUCCCUCUAAAAAUACCGAUGGUCACAAGAUUGCCUUCCUAUGUAAAAUAAAAAAAAAGGAGAGUAGUUAAUUUGACACUGGGUUUUAUUUAUUCCUAUGGUAUUAAGGGAUUAUAAUGCAGCUGUUGUCAAGGUACCAGUUUCAAUCAUUUUACUGAAACGUAACUUCCUGUCAGCGCUCACAGGAGCAGUUACUCUGCAUAUGUUUUAUAUUUGCCAUGCAUUUUAAAGGUUAACGUUAAGUUUACUAAAUUAGGGUUUGUUGAUGAAACAGUAUUUGAGAAAUACUUUUUUUUUUAUUAAUGUGUUUUUGGGGGUUUGGAGAUUUAACUCAUUUGCAUACACUGCCACUAAUAUCUUAAAAGACUGUUAGGGCUGGUAGACCUCCAUUUCAAAAUAUAAAAUAAAAAACAAGAUUCUUUUACUAACUUUCUUUAGCCUUUUUACAUUCACGGUUAUGGCAGGCUUGAGUAUGCGACAAAGCUCACUCUCCUUGAAAAUUGCUGCUCCUCAACUUGCACCUGACUGUUAUAAGAUGUAAAUUUCAAAACAGAUUUGUCCCUAUAGUACCUAUUAAUUGUUAUGGAGUGGCUGACCCGAUUAUAAUUUGAGGCUCUAUUUAUCUGGAAGGGGUUAAAAGUUUUACUGUUGACUGGAAUUAGCGCUCGAGAGCGAGGAGUUCAAAUUGAACUCCCAAUUGGAAAUAACUGCAGUAGUACCAUCCUACUCCCUGGAAUCUGUAUGAACGCUUUGUCACUAUUGUUGAGCUAUUUUAGCAGGACGGAGCUCAAGUGCAUUAGCCCUGAAUCAUUAGCUGUACCCCGGAAGCACGACCAACAUGCAACGUCUUGAAAGUAAAAACAGUGCAAGAGGAAAGCAAAUCGUACCAUUGAUGUUACCAGUAACUUUUUUUUUUUUGUAAUAUACCACCAGUUGCAGAUGGAUUCUCUUAGACAAUAGCAUACAUUCCUGAUUACUCUAAAACCUACACACAGCAUGUACAAAAAUAGAUCUGGAAGCUUAGCAGGAUAAAGUUGUCAUUCAUGCAUCACAUUACUUAAAUGCUCAUCUCUGAAAUUUGAUUUGUUUUCUAACUGCUUUUUAUCCAAAAUAGGACACACACACUUACAACUGCCUGCAACUGCAAUCUGAAGGAUUUCCUCAUGUAUGUGAGUGAACACACUUUGGUAGUUGUAUUGUGGAAAGAAAAACUAACCACAUGCAGCGGUCUUAUAAAGACUGUCUGGAGGUUAAAAAAAAACAAAACAAACAACAACAACAACAACAAAGUGCUACUUUGCACAUUUUCUUCAAUUGCCUGUGCUUAAUAUUUAAUUGUUUUCCUUAAAUGAACUUCUAUGAUUUUCAUUAAUUCAAUUUCAAAGGAAAAAAAACUUUCUUUUAAAUCUUGAUAAGUGGACUGCAUUUUUUUUUUUUGCAUAUAUGUUGCACUGCUUAAACCAAUAAGUGCACUACUGUUACCAGAGAUAUUAUAGUUUUAGAGAAGAAGAAUCAUUUUUUUAAUCUAAUAUUUGGUUGUAGAGUUCACAUGUAUUACAAUAGCUUUGUUCCAAUUCAUUUAAAUAAGUAAUUCAACAUUUCUUUGCUUUUGUUAUUGCUUGCAGAUACAUAUAUACUUGUGCUAUGUUAAUGCAAGCGUUCUUUUUUUUUUUAAUCUGUACCAUUGAGUGUGUUUGUCUUUGUUUUGAUCUUUUUAAGACAUUAUUUUUAUGGAGUCAGUCCCCUAUAGUUAUUGAUAAUAGCUAUUGGAAUGCAUACAUUAGAACAGACGCAGAACUCCAGUAAAACCAUCCAAGCCAAACAACAACAGCAACAACAAAAAUAAUAAUGAUAAUGAUAAUAAUAAUUAUAGUAAUAGUAAUAAUAGUAAUAACAAUAAUAAUGAUGAUGAUAAUGAUGUGGAGGAGGAGGAGGAUGAGAAUGACGAUGAUGAUAACAAUAAUAACAACUUAGUGUGUGUGUGUAACAUAAAUGAUAUGUGUGUCCUAGAACAAGUUUCUUUCAGAAUAAUGGUGUGGGGAGGUGAUGGUAUGCAGCUCAUUUUGAUAUCUGUCAAUUGUACACAAUUGUGUCCCUUCCUUCGUGUUUGUAUGUCCGUGAAUGUCUGUGUGUGAUAUAUAGCCUAAUCAAAAUGUUGAAAAGUGGAAUAUCUGAACUGUAGGGCUUCCUUUGCAAUACGCAGCGCAGGUACUAUGACAUGCAGCUUUUGUAGACUUUUUUGGGCUAAUAAAGCACCUGUGGUAUGCGUUCUGAGAUUCGACUAAACGCUAGAUCCAACAACUGAUUUUACUUCACUGAACCCACCUGCAGGUUAUGUUGAGCGUUCGGUGUCCGUGCUGACCUGUCGUCCGAUUGCCGCUGGAUCGCGGACCCUUACAGAUUCAGGCAUCGUGAAAAAAAAAGACAUUAGAGUGAUGUUCAUUGUUUAAAAUAACA